GGGGAGGACAUAAAUAUUGUGCAAGCCAAAAAACUUACCGAAGAGGGAGAAAAAAUUAUUUUGGCAGAUAUUCCUCGGGAGAAAGCCGAAAAUAUUAAAAAACAGUUAGAAGACAAAGGAGUCCAAGCUCUGCCGGGUCGAGAUUUCGCCCAUGAGCAAAAGUUAUCUUACUCUCAAUUCCUCACUGAGAGAUUACCCCGCUUGCUAAACUUCUAUUUUCCCGCUGAAUUUAGUGAUUACAAUAACCACAUUCGGGUAAAUAUUACCGAUUUUAAGUGUCAAGAGCCAGAAAUUAGUGAACAAGAAGCUCAAGAAAACUACCUGACUUGGAACCAUACAGUUUCUUUCAACUGGAAAUCUUUUUCGCCUGCCGAAUUAAAGGCUUUAUUAACCCAAACCCACCAACAAUUACAAGCAUUAUCAGACCACGACCACCAAGAAAAAAAAGGUUUGGUGGAAAAAUUAACCAAGAAAAUCCAAUCCCUCGAACAAGGCGAAACUAAAAACCCGCAGGCUAUUGAACUAAAAUUCCUUAAUUCUGGCACAGUGGUUAGCUUGCUAGAUGUCUUAAAAACCUUUAUGGUGCCCGCCGAAUUAGUAGAAAAAUUGUUUGGGGAAGAGUUAAACAGAGAGGACUAUCCAACCACCCAACCUUUAGAAGUAGGAGUUAGUUUGCCUCAUUUCUUAUUUACCAAAAAAAACUCUUAUUUUGAUAUUGGAAAAUUAGGGCGGAAAAAGUAUAACCAAAAAGUAAGUAUUAUUUCCCAAGUAGAGAAUCAAGAGCUAGCCGAAGAUUUAUUGGAUAACCAGGGAAAAUUAAUUUUAAAAAAAAGUGCUCAACUGACCGGGAAAAAUCUCCAAAUAUUAGCCCAAGCCUUAGAAAAAAAUAAAAUCCCUUCUCUGAUGAUUCCUCAUUCUACUAAUGACUUAUAUGUAAUAAAAAUAAAAUCCCCCCGCCAUCCGGAAAAAAUUAGCACUAUUGUUGGUAUAGGGACAGAAAUAUCCGAAGAAAAAACUUAUUUUGAUUUAGCAGAUUUAAUUAGUUUAGUAGCCAAUUAUAUUAAUCUUUAUCAAGGUCUGGGGAAGGUCAAAAAAGAAGAAGAUAAAGACCAAUUAGAAAACCAAGUUAUUCGACGAGUAGGAGAUUUGGUUUAUAAUAUCUUUGAUAAUAAAUUAGGAGGAUUUUUACAAGGUCUGGACAACAAGUAUUUAGCCUCUAUUUCGCAAUUGAAAAAAGUUGACUUGUUAAAAUUGCCCAACUUAAAAGAUUUUGAUAAUCUUAUUAAACAUUUUUUUAAUACUUCGGCUUUGGUCCAAUUACAAAACCAAAAUAAUCCGUUAUCCGAAGCCUCUUAUACUCGUAAAUUGAGCGUCUUAGGUCUGGGCGGAUUUAGUUCGGCUAAUACUACUAUGGCUGCUCGUAAUGUUAAUUCUUCUUAUUAUGGCCGUUAUGAUUUAGUGGAAACUCCCGAAGGACAACGAGUAGGUUUAGUUCAUAACCUCACUAUUGGAGCAGAAAUAAACGAUUACGGGCAAGUAGUGGUUCCUUAUUAUCGGGUUCACCAGGGCAUUGACGAGAAAAAUCAGAUUGAGGAGGAAACAGUAUUAACUCGUUACCGAGGAGAUUUUGUGCGAGUGCCCAAAGAAAAAGUGGAUUAUAUUGACAGUUCUUUUUAUCAGUUGAACUCUAUUACUAGUUCUACUAUUCCUUUUUUUCACCACAAUGAUGCUACCCGCAUGCUCAUGGCUUCUAAUAUGCAACGCCAAGCGGUUACUCUCAGCAAGUCCCAAGUGCCCUUAGUAGCCAGUGGUAUCGAAACUAGCUUGUUAAAUAAUUCCCCUUUGGUUAUCAAAGCCACCGCCCCGGGUCAAGUGGAAUAUGUGGAUAGACAGCAAGUAGUUCUCGGACAAAUAAUGGCGGCUGGCAAUUAUGCUAAUAACGGUGAAUUGUCGUUGGGUUAUAAUUUACGGGUGGCUUACUUGUGUUGGCAUGGCUAUAAUUAUGAGGAUGCGAUUAUAAUUAGUGAAAGAUUAGUAAAGGAGGAUAUUCUGACUUCUUUUUUUGUUAAAAAGCACGCGGUUAUUCGUUAUAAUACCAAGUAUGGUCCCGAGGUUUUUACUGCCUCUUUUCCUCACUUAGAGAAAAAACGGUUUCCGCAUUUAGAUAAGGAGGGCAUAGUGAAAGUAGGCAGUGAAGUCAAGUCUAAUGACAUUUUAGUGGGUAAAUUAACUCCCGAGCCCGGUUUACGUCAACCUGCUGCUGAAGAAUUGCUCUUAAUGAGUAUUUUGGGUGAAAAAGCCCAGCGUUUUGUUAAUUCUUCGCUUUAUUUGCCCGUGGGGGAAAAAGGAACAGUUUACCAAGUCAAAAGGAAAAAGUUCCCCAAAAAUAAAAAUGAAUUAGAGUUAGUGGAGAUUUAUGUGGCCCAGGAAAGAAAAAUUGAAGUAGGAGACAAACUAACUACGCGUUUUGGCAACAAAGGGGUGGUCGCCAAGAUUGUGCCAGAAUCUGAUAUGCCGUUUGACGAGCAAGGUCAAACUAUUGACAUAAUUUUUAAUCCUUUGGGCAUUCCUACCCGUAUGAAUAUCGGGCAAUUGCUCGAAACAGUACUGGCGGCUGCCGCCCAUCGUCUUAAUACUAAAUUACUAAUUCGCCCUUUCAAUACUCCCAACUUGGCUACUAUUAAAGAAAUUCUCCACCAGGCAGGGAUAAAAAAUGGUAGCCAAAAAUUAUUUGACGGGCAAACUGGCUUGCCUUUUGACCACGAUAUUUAUAAUGGUUAUAUCUAUACUAUUAAAUUAAAUCAUAUGGUAACGGAUAAAUUCCAUGCUCGCGAUAUUGGUCCUUACUCUUUAAUUUACCAACAACCCCUCAAAGGGCGCGCCCAAGGGGGCGGGCAACGAGUAGGCGAAAUGGAAGCCUGA